CUUCACGUCGCCCAUAGAUGAAAUCAGUCAUCUCGCUGUCUACGUCGCUGUUCCGCGCAAGUCGGUGCGCUCCCCCACCUUGGGGCUCGCGAUGCCUCUCCAGCUCUGCGCCGUUGUGGUCAGGGCACUCGAAAUGGGCAACGAUCAAACACGACAAGGGAAAGAAUGACAAGGCGAAGAGCCAGACACGCACUCUCCUCACGAAGGACAUCACAAAUGCCGUGAAGAUUGGCGGCCCUGAUGCCACGAUGAACCCACGCCUCGCAUUGGCCCUGCAAAAAGCGAAGAAGAACGCCGUUCCGAAAGCAAACAUUGAAGCUGCCAUUGCCCGUGGACAAGGCCUAUCACCGAGCGGCGCCGCUCUCGAAUCCAUUACGCUCGAAGCCAUACUACCUCCGGCGGUAGCGACAGUAAUAGAAUGCCAGACGGACACGAAAUUGAAAUUACUAGCAGAUUUGCGGGUUCUGGUCAAGGAUGCGGGAGGCAAUGUCUCGCCUGUAGGGUACAUGUUCGAGAAGAAGGGCCGCACCGUAUUCCGGAAGAAGGAUGGCGUAGGGGUCGACGAGGUUUUGGAAAGUGCACUCGAGGCCGAUGCGGGCGUAUUGGAUGUCACGGAAGAUGCGGAGGGUAGAGUGGUGGUGUAUACCGAGCCGGCAGAAACCACCACUGCAGCGGAAACGCUUGCGAAAGGGUUGGGAAUAGAGAUCGAAGACAGCGAGAUCAUAUGGGACCCCAACGAGGAUACCAAGGUGACGCUGGACAACGAGGAGGAGGCCAUCCGGCUCAAGGGAUUCCUGGAUGAGGUGCAGGAAGUAGUUGGAGUCCAGGGAGUGUAUACGAAUUGGUCAAAGGGGAAUAUAUCCGACGAGCUGUGGGCGGAACUGAAGAGUAAGGUGGCUGUAUGAUUGGCUCCCGGUGUAAGAAGCUGUAUGAUACUGUAUAUAAUGUACAACAUGAUAGAUUCU